GCAUAAAGUAAUGAAGAACUGGGGUGUUGUUGGUGGAAUUGCUGCUGCUGUGGCAGCAGGCAUCUAUGUUCUCUGGGGUCCCAUCACUGAAAGAAAGAAACGCAGGAAAGGGCUUGUGCCUGGCCUUCUCAACUUAGGAAACACCUGUUUCAUGAACUCUUUGCUGCAAGGCUUAUCUGCUUGUCCGUCUUUCAUCAAGUGGCUGGAGGAGUUUACAGCCCAAUACAAGACAGCCCAGAAUGAAUCAUCGGAGCACCAAUAUUUGUCCCUUACUUUGCUGUGCCUUCUGAAAGCUUUAUCCUGCCAAGAGGUCACAGAAGAUGAUGUCCUGGAUGCAAGCUGUUUGUUAGAAGUGUUAAGGCUGUACAGGUGGCAGAUCUCGUCAUUUGAAGAGCAGGAUGCUCAUGAACUAUUCCAUGUCCUUACAUCUUCGUUGGAAGAUGAGCGAGAUCGUCAGCCCCGGAUCACACAUUUGUUUGAUGUGCAUUCAUUAGAGCAGCCAGAAAUAACCCAAAAGCAAAUAAGCUGCAGGACAAGAGGGUCACUUCACCCCAUGUUGAGUCACUGGAAGUCUCAACAUCCUUUUCAUGGAAGGCUGACCAGUAACAUGCUUUGCAAACACUGCAAACACCAGAGUCCUGUGAGGUGUGAUACAUUUGACAGUCUUUCGCUGAGUAUUCCAGCAGCCAUGUGGGGUCGUCCUAUGACACUGGACCACUGCCUCCACCAUUUCAUCUCUUCUGAAUCAGUAAAGGAUGUUGUAUGUGACAAUUGCACUAAAAUUCAGGCAGAAGGAACACUGAAUGGGCAAACCACAGAAAACCAGAGAACAACAUUUGUUAAACAAUUAAAGCUAGGGAAGCUCCCUCAGUGUCUGUGUAUCCAUCUGCAAAGGCUGAGCUGGUCAGACCAAGGCAUGCCUCUGAAACGUCAUGAACAUGUGCAGUUCAAUGAGUUCCUGAUCAUGGACAUCUACAAAUACCACCUCCCUGUCCAUAAAUCAAGCCAGCAUGAUCUAAACCAGAAGGGCAAUCCAUGGAUGUCGUCUGAAACAAAGGAUGGGUCAGCAGUAAAAGCCUCAGAUCUGGAGCAGACAUGUAGCACUAAAUCAUUCUUUAUGAAUGGCGCCUGCUCUCCUUCAUUAUUAACAUCCCCGAUAACUUUCCCACUUGCAGUGGUUUCAGACUGCAGUUCCCCAGUGUACCUCUACCGUCUGAUGGCUGUUGUAGUUCAUCAUGGGGACAUGCAUUCUGGACACUUUGUGACAUAUCGCCGCUCUCCGCCUUCUCCCAAGACCGCACUCUCGGUUAGUAACCAGUGGUUGUGGAUUUCAGAUGACACUGUGCGCAAAGCUAGUUUGCAAGAAGUGCUUUCAUCUAGUGCUUACCUGCUCUUUUAUGAGCGUGUUCACUCAAGAAUGCAGCACCAAACUCAGGAUUUCAGGGCUGAAGAAUAA